AUGAAUUUUGACAUAACACAGGCUGCAUCCGAAUCAGUAAACUGUCUAGAGCACGUCCACGCCCAGAGAAAAUACGCGGGGACGUACGCGCUGACAGUGAUUCGUAGAGGUCUGGCCCUCAAUCUGCGGGACAAGCCGACUAAUCAGAGUACAACUACUGAUUCAGCUGAUUCGCUUCCGGAGAAUGCAGUAGAUGGCAAUUUAUACACCAUUUCAUACACAAAUCUGUGUGCGGGCGAUCGAUGGUGGAGAGUAGAUCUUGAAGCUAUCUACUGCUUGAAGAAAAUUACAAUAAUCAACAGAGUCGAUGGCUAUGGUAAAAGAUUGGCAGGUGCUGUAGUGCGGGCUGGUUUGGAUCCAUCAGAUUUCUCACAGAACACACAGAUAGGAGAUGCAGUCAGAAGAACUCAGGCAACUAACGGAGCAACGAUUGAUUUCAUCGCGGAUCCCAUCGUCUCCGCUAGAUACGUCAGUGUGCAAAAAACGAAUGGUAUUCUGAGCCUGGCCGAAGUCAUGGUGGUGGAAAUCCAAGACACUUCUACUGUUGAAGAUAUCGGUGUAGAUUUUACUCUGGUUGCUAACCCCGCUCGUAUUGGCCAGACUGGAGACGACGCUGCAGUCAUCCAAGCUUACAAGGGUCCUAACUAUGCCUCCGCUGGGAUAAUCUUCGGCAGACAACUGACCACAGGAGGUAGCAAUGUCGAACUACCAGCAGGAUCGAUGGUUGUGGAUGAUCCACAGACGAUAUGUGCAGUUACACUGUCCAGUACGUUACCUGAAUCAGCGGGGAUUGACCGAACGGGUGUGUUCUACGCUCAAGCUGUCCAAAAUGAAAAUGUGACCAGGAUACAGACAAUCAUAUUAAACAAAGAUGACGGCACAGUCCAUACACGACCUACACAGCGAACACAGAUUGCUAAUAUCGGAGAGUCGGUGGCACUACAGAUGGAGAAUGUGAAUUCAUCUGCUAACAGCAACUACAGAUGGAAGCAUAAUGGCGAUGACACAGCACGGAACAGCGAGCUAAGUGUGAAUAUCAGUAACGCUGCUGUAGAUGAUGGAGGAAUAUACAGCUGCUUCGUCUCUGGCCAAGAAAGUCAACAACAACAUGGAUUCAUGAGACUUAUUGUGAGAGGUUGUGCCGCAGGAAUGUGGGGCCAGGAUUCAUGUCAGAACACAUGUCGUCGAUGCUACAAUGGAGGUAUCUGUGAUGACAAGACGGGAACGUGUAUCUGCGCUCCAGGAUUCAGCGGAGAAUAUUGCCAGCAAGUUCACGGGCGUCACAUCUUUGGCCAGAAUGCUAGUCAUACCUGUUCUGAUAGCGCUGAUCCACACAACGACGCUUGCCGGGGUCGUUUGUUUUGUCUUCCUGAUCCUUACGGAUGCUCCUGUGCUGCUGGGUAUAUGGGACUAGACUGUAUGCAAGAAUGUACUGAAGGGAAGUAUGGAGCCGACUGUAAGCAGACAUGUCACUGUCCAUCUGGCGAUUCCUGCGAAAAGGAUACGGGAGAAUGUACUGGAAAUUGCAUACCACUCUAUUUCGGAAGUAACUGCCAGUGUUCUACUGACAAUGGCGUUCUAGGACUAAAAGUGAUGCCAAUCGAUCGAUAUCAACUACAAGUUUCCUGGCAACCAGAUCCAUGUGUCUCUGGCUACAUACUGGAGUAUGCAUUGACAAACAGGGGCCAAUGUGAAGAGAUUGAAUCUCCACAGCGGUCCAGGUCACUUCCAGGUCCAAUCGAUGGUCCAACUACCAGUCGUGUCAUCACUGGUUUGAUAUCUAAUUCAACCUAUAUGGUUUACAUUCGCCCUCUGUACAAUGGUACGCAAGGACUUGAAGCGUCGACAUCAGGAACCACGCUUAAACAAGAGAAUCCUUCCGUUUCCCCUGUGAUGGUGACUUCUUACGAUUCUGCCAGUGUCACACUCAGCUGGCGUGAGGUGUACUGUGCCAACUACUCCGUGCAAUAUGCGCUGGAAAACAAAGAGGGUUGCCAAUCCAUCAACCCGCCUACCUUCAUCCAGCACUGUCUUUGUUCUGGAACUACUUCGACAAAGAUACCUGGUCUGUUCGCCAACUCGAUGUACGAGAUACAAAUUUUCGCCAAAGUGAAUGAAAGCUCCGGAGAAACAGUUACAACAAGUGUUCAUACCAGCACCAAAGCGCCAUCUGCACCACCACAGCAAGUUACCGUCACUUCAACAUCAAAAAAUAGCCUGACUUUCUCCUGGAGUCAGCCAGCGUGUGGAAGCCGAGGUGGCAUAAUCACAGGCUACACGUACAAGCUGAGUGGACCAGGGUCACGACUCAUCUUCAAUGUAUUCACAGCCGAACAAGUUGAGAUAAAUGGUUUAAUCCCCUUCACUAACUACAGUUUUCAAGUUGCUGCAAACACCAGUGCUGGGGCAGGGCCAUACAGUGACGUUGUCGAUCAGAGAACUAAUGAAGCAGAGCCCACAGUACCCUUAGAUGUUGCAAUUCAGAACGUUGAUUACGUAUCCAUCACUCUCCAGUGGUCAGAACCCGACCCUCCACAAGGAAUUAUCAUCCAUUACACCGUUAGGUACUGGAUGAGUGGACAGUCAGGAACCAAAACGCUGAUCAACAAUGUGGUGCAAUUAAUGUAUGAGAUAACGGGCCUUGAAACGAAUGAGACACACUUCUUGCAGGUGCAAGCUGAAACGUCUGUUGGCGCAGGUCCGUGGAGUGAAAAAGUAUUUGCGACCACCCUAAUCGAAGCAAAGAAAUUCGAAGUCCCUUCGCAAGUUGCCGUGAUAGUACCUGUCGCGGUCGUCGUUGUCAUCCUCGCUUUGGGUCUUGUCGUUGCUUUUGUAGUCUACAAGAGGAGGAGAGCCAGACAGGGAAAACAACACAGUGAUGAAUCUGACAUUCCACUGAACGCAAAGGCUCCAACUUUGACUCGCGUUAACAGUAAUGUCAACGAUGGAGCAGCAGUCAGCGAUAAACCCCACCGCCAUAAAUCCAAGUCCCCUCGUAAACCACGCCAGAAGCAGGCCGGGCCAGAGCAAUCAGCAGAAGAAGGGGGCAAUGAACAGCUGGAAUUCGUACCACCACCUUCCGUCCGGAAGGAAGAGCUUGCUGAAUACAUCCGCCAGAAGGAGGCGAUGGGUGAUAACGGAUUCCUAGCAGACUACAAGUCGCUUCCCGAUGGUCAACUUUAUCCAUGGACAGUGGCAGCGAAACCAGAGAACAGGGCCAAGAACCGAUACGUCAAUGUCAUUGCAUAUGACCAUUCCCGUGUUGUACUUGACCCCUUGGAGGGUGAUCCCCAUUCAGACUACAUCAAUGCCUGCUAUAUCAAUGGAUACAAGACGAAGAACAAGUACGUCGCCAGCCAAGGAGCCAACAAGGCGUCUAUCAAAGACAUCUGGAGAAUGGUCUGGCAGUUGGGCAUCGAUAAGAUUGUCAUGCUCACAAAUCCGGUUGAGAACGGCAAGAGGAAGUGCCUUCAAUACUGGGCUGAUACCGGAUCUACCACCAUCUCAGGCAUCGUGGUAACUACAGACAAAGAGGAUGUCUUCCUGGAUUACACCAUUCGCAAUUUCAGCAUUCACCAGGUUGGCUGUGAAGAAAGUAACAGAUCGUUGAAGCAAUUCCACUACACCACCUGGCCCGACAUGCAGCCGCCAGAGUACCCAGCACCAUUGCUCAACUUCCUGCGAUUGGUCAAUGGACAUCAUAACCCUGGACGCACGAUGGUGCAUUGCAGUGCCGGAGUGGGACGCACUGGUACAUACAUCGCCCUUGAUUCAAUGCAGCUACAAAUGGCGCAGGAAGGACAAGUUGAUGUUCUUGGCUUCAUCUACCAAAUGAGACAGAAUCGAAUCAAGAUGGUGCAGACACCGGAGCAAUACAAGUUCAUCUUUGACGCUCUUCUGGCUGCCUCUGUGACAGGAGACACGACCUACAGCGUUGCAGACUUCCGCCAGAAACUGACGGCUCUGAAAAAGAAGGACAAAGGGGUGAAGGAAACAGGCCUUCAGAAACAGUUCGCGACUUUGAUCCAGCUGAGUGACAGGCGAGGUAAAGUCGAAAAUAUGUCAGGACAGCUCCCUGAGAACAAGGACAAGAACAGAUAUCCGGAUUUUAUACCAAGUGACCGCUCAAGACCAUAUCUGUUUACCAGUGUCCAAGAAGAUGAAACCAACUACAUCAACGCAACCUUUUUGCCAGGCUACCGUAAAAAGAGCAUGUACAUCGGUACGCAGAUGCCCAUGCCCAACACUGUCACUGAUUUCUGGCGCUUGAUGUACGACCACAAAGCGACCAGCAUUGUGAUGCUGAACACCUUUGAUGCCAACGAUAAGACCAUGUGUCGCUACUGGCCGGAGGAGGGAACCAUCAACUUUGGCAAGCUGUCUAUCGAACUCAUCCAGACCAAGCAAUCCGACAGUGUGACACGAUGCACCUUCACGCUAAGGAACACCAAUAACGCGUCUGAGAAAGCACGCACCAUCAUCCAAUUCCAAUACCACAACUGGCCCUCCGACCAGGAGAUACCGAAUUCCGUGCCAGGAAUGCUGACUCUCAUGGAUCUCGCUCGAAAGUGGAACGGAGACAAAGGACCUAUUGUUGUCCACUGCAUGGAUGGUCUUGGUAGUACUUCUGUGUACUGCACGUUGAUGACGCUGUUGGAACAGUUCAAUGUCGAGAAAGUCGUGGACGUGUUCCAAGCAGCUCAUCGUCUGCGCAUGGUAAACCAAAACAUGAUGAACUCGCUGGACCAAUACGCACUGUGUUACGAUGUGAUUCAGGCCAUGCUGGACUCUACUAGAAUCUAUGAGCCCAUAACACCCUCAGCUGGACUGGACUCUAUCGCGUAA